AUCAUAUCAUCUUUAAUUCUCCUUUGAGCAACAGCAGCACCAAGUAAAGCCAAACACUUCAACAUGUUCAAAUACGCCGUUGUUCUCUUCGCUCUCAUCGCCUGCGCUGCUGCCAAGCCUCACCUUCUAGCCGCUGCACCUUUGGCUUAUGCUGCUCCUGCCGCUAUUGUUGCCGCUCCUACUCCCGUUGUGACGGCCACCAGCAGCCAAGUGAUCGCCCGCAAUUACAAUGGUAUAGCCGCUGCUCCCGUUGUUGCUGCCGCUCCAGUAGCCGCCCCUGUUGUUGCGCGUUAUGCUGCCGCUUCUCCUCUUGCUGCUGCCUCUUACGUCGCUUCACCUUUCGCCGCUCCAGUAUUGUCACACUAUGCUGCCGCUCCUUUGGCUGCUCGUUUGUUCUAGGAGAUUCUGAUUUGUAUAGGAAAUUGGAAAAAAUAAAUUA